UCAUAUGAUUUUUGAGUUCUGAAUUGAUAUGUUAUUACUUUGAUAUGUUCAGAUUUAAACUAUAAGAUUAGACAUGUCGACUGAAGUACGGGAUGAAGUUGAUAUUGAUGAAAUUGAACUUCUUACAAAUGUUGAUUUCCCUCAAGCCAUUAACAUUGAUGAUUGGAUUCCUUGUCAAGGUCAAAUUUUUGAUAGUGAUGAUGAUGCUUAUAAUUUUUACUCUUCGUUUGCACAAAGAAGUGGUUUCUCAAUUAGACGUCAUCACGUUUAUAGAAACACUACUGAUGAGGGAAAUCCACAAACAGUUUACAAAAGAGAGUUCGUUUGCCAUCGAUCCGGGGUUUCUAAAUCAGUCAAAGUUAAUGAACUGGAAAGUCAAAGGAAACGGAAAGCUUCAAGGUGUAGUUGUAGUGCUAGAUUGGUGGUUGCUAAAGAGACAAUUGGAUCGGAAGAAAAAUGGGUGGUAAUAUAUUUCAACAAUGUCCACAACCAUGAUUUGUUAGAUGAGAAAGAGGUUCAAUUUCUCCCUGCUUAUCGUAACAUCCUGGUUGUUGACCAAAACCGUAUACUAAUGAUGUAUAAAGCUGGUUGUUCCAUUAAUGUCACAAUGAGAUUGCUUGAAUUAGAGAAAGGAAUAGAUGUAGGUAGUCUACCAUUUAUGGAUAAAGAUAUUAGGAAUUUCCUUCAAAACCAAAGUGGUAUUGACAAACAAAAUGAUGCUUUAGAUGUCUUGAAAUUGUGUAAAGGGUUGAAAGAGUUAGAUGAUGCCUUCCAAUAUGAUUACACAAUAGAUGAGAAUAAGAAGUUGGAACACAUUAUUUGGGCAUUUGGUGAUUCAAUCCGUGCAUAUGAAUCUUUUGGGGAUGUGGUUGUCUUUGAUACUACUUAUCGAAUAAAUCGUUAUGAUAUGCCACUUGGAAUAUGGCUUGGAGUUGACAAUCAUGGGAAUUCAGUUUUUUUUGGUUGUAAUUUCCUAGCUUUUGUCAAAGGAAAGAAUCCACAAACAAUUCUUACAAAUCAAGAUCCCUCGCUUAAAGAAGCCAUUGCAAAUGAAUUUCCGAACACAAAACAUGCCUUUUGCAUAUGGCACAUUUUGGCAAAGUUGCCAAGUUGGUUUUCGUUUGUAUUAGGUGCAAGAUAUAAUGACUUUAAAUCUGAGUUUUUCAAGGUGUACCAUUUAGAUUGUGAAGAUGAUUUUGAACAAUAUUGGAAAUCCAUGGUUGCACAAUUUGGUCUAACUUAUUUGAAGGACUUUUUUUUUGCUGGGAUGACAACAACUGGACGUUCGGAAUCGAUAAAUUCAUAUAUAAAACACUUCUUGGAUGUUGGUGUUGCUGUCCAAAUUAGGAAUCAAGCUGGAGAGGAAGCAAGAAUGCGUCAAAAGUAUCAUAAUCAUCUACUUAAAACAAGUUUUCCAAUGGAGGAACAUGUUGCAUCUAUACUCACACCUUAUGCUUUUGGGUUGAUUCAAAUUGAGAUUGAGUUAUCUACAAAAUACGCUGCAACUGAAACAAACAGUGGCUCUUUUAUUGUGAAGCAUCACACCAAAGAUGAUGGAGGUCGUCUUGUAACUUGGAUAGAAGGUCAAGAAUCAAUUCGUUGCUCUUGUAAGGAAUUUGAGUUUUCUGGAAUAUUGUGCAGGCAUGCUAUUCGAGUGCUUCUAAUGAAAAAUUAUUUUCACAUACCUUCAAAGUAUCUUCCUUUUCGAUGGAGACGUGAAAGUUCAUUGAUCCCAAAAUCUAGUCACAUAGUAAACAACAAUGAUGUCUCCUCUGCUGAGUUUCAUUCUCUGAUUCAAUGUCUUGAAUAUGAAUCUUUAAAAACAAAAGUACGGAAACAAAUUGCUACUAAAGGGUUGGAGGAUCUUAUCCGAGAGAUAAAAGGAAUGUCCGAAAGUCAUGAAGAUCAAAUUGGUUUGGAAGUUGUUCCAAAUAAUGAUGAAUGUGAUGUUGGAAUUCCAGUUAGAACUAGAAGCAAAGGUCGACCAAAAGGUUCAAAGGCAAAAGUAGUAGUUGAAGUUGUUUCAAAUAAUGAUGAAUGUGAUGUUGGAAAUCCAGUUAGAACCAAAAGCAAAGGUCGACCAAAACGAUCAAGGCCAAAAGGAGGAGUUGAAGCUGCAACCAAGAUUCGCCAUUGUCUUAUUCCGAAUUGUGGUGCAACCGGCCAUGACACACGGAAUUGUCCAAACAAAAGGAAACAUAAUGACAUAUUGCCUAAUGAAUCACCUAAUGAGUUCAAAAUGGGUUGGAGAAAUUCAUCUAAUUAAUAGUCAAAAAAGGCUUUGAGGAUGUAAUGGAUAAAAGUGAUGAUAGUAAUUCAACAGAGAUGUGUUUCAUGUUUUCUGGUGUGGUUUUAGUAGUGGGAGUAGUAGCUAUAAUACAAUGAUAUAGUGUUGACUAUAUCAUUGGAUAAAAGUACUAAGUUGCUUUCCAUUAACUAGUCUUAUAGUUCUCU